GGGUAUUUAUAAAUAAAUAAAACAAAAUAAAAUACCAAAAAUUAAGCGUUUUCUUGGUUCACACGACAGAAGCUCCCCCGACCCAACGGACACCAAUAUUUAGAAGAUUAGAUAUUUCGCUUUAAAUUCGAAACACGCACAGAAGGUUAAAUACUUAUUUUGGCUUCUUUGGAAGAUUGAGAGAGAGAGAGAGAGAAAUAGCGAAGCUCUGGAUUCCGACUCUUCCCGUCCUUGGCGACGGUGCCGAUGCCGUUUGGUUUUCUGAUUGCACCGGACUUGGAUUUAAAGGGAUUUAGUUUCCUUUUCAAGACAUGGAACAAGUGUGUUUCUGGUCAAAUUGCUACCUUUUCCGGGUGUUUUCAUUCCAAGAAGUACUCGACUGGCGGUUUCUCGUCCAUGGAGAUUUUCUUUUGGUUUCCUUUGUCAAUUGCACUUAGUGCCCAGUCUCUUUUUAAUACUCAACACAGAAGGCGUAAUGCAAGUUUUUUCUGAGAUAGGUGUUGAAUCAUUAGCACACUUCUGCAAUGCAUUUCUGAUACAGAAUCCAGUCAAAGAUUUUGGAAAAACGCCUUCCAGGGCUUAACUCACGCUGUAGAAAGUUGAAAGUUGCUUGCUAAGCAUUAUCAGCUCUAGUCCUUAGUUAAUUUUCUGUUGUUGCUCUUGAUGGGUGCUGGUUGGUGAUGAGAUGUUGGUUUACUUAGCAUUUUGCAACAGUUUCUAUUGUUAAGUGCAAUUAAACUUGUGAACCUAGUGUAUCUUGAGCUUGGGAUCCUUCCUGUUGGCUGGAGCAAUUAUUCUGUUCAGUUUGUUUCAGUAUGUUUUGUGGAGCUCAUCUGUUCCAUCUGUUGGUACCCUGUUUUCGUCUUGAAGCUGUGGGAUUAGUACCAAAUAAGGCUGUGAAGCCCGUCCAACUUAAAAAUUCUGGUUUUAUGUUUUUGCAUGUUGCCAGAGGAAAUUAAUGGUGGAUUUAGCUUUCCAGCAAGGCAGUUUGUUUAUGUUUGAUAGUUUUUAAUAUAAGCAGUCUUCUACUGAAGAUAAAUGUCACAUAUCUAUCGUUGGUUCUCAUACAUUUCUUGAAUAAAGAAAGGGCAACUUUUUGUUCCGUGAGAAAAUGGAGAGGUACAAGUUAAUUAAGGAAGUUGGUGAUGGAACGUUUGGUAGCGUGUGGCGAGCUAUUAAUAAGCUGUCUGGUGAAGUUGUUGCAAUUAAGAAAAUGAAGAAGAAAUAUUACUCAUGGGAAGAGUGUGUGAAUCUAAGAGAAGUCAAGUCACUGCGGAGAAUGAAUCAUCCCAAUAUUGUGAAGCUUAAGGAGGUCAUCAGGGAAAAUGACAUUCUAUACUUUGUGUUUGAAUAUAUGGAAUUCAACCUUUACCAACUUAUGAAACAUAGGGAAAAGCUUUUUUCAGAAGUUGAAAUCAGAAACUGGUGCUUCCAAGUCUUUCAAGGUCUUGCAUAUAUGCACCAGCGCGGAUAUUUUCAUCGUGACCUAAAGCCAGAGAAUUUGUUGGUUACUAAAGAUAUAAUCAAAAUAGCUGAUUUUGGUCUUGCACGAGAAAUAAGUUCACAUCCACCAUAUACGGAGUAUGUCUCAACACGGUGGUAUCGUGCCCCUGAAGUUCUUCUUCAAUCAUACCUAUAUACUUUGAAAGUUGAUAUGUGGGCAAUGGGUGCAAUCAUGGCUGAGUUGUUCACCUUACAUCCUCUUUUUCCUGGCACCAGUGAAGCAGAUGAAAUCUACAAAAUUUGUGGUGUAAUAGGGACUCCAACUAAGGAUUCAUGGCCUGAUGGUCUUAAUCUUGCAAGAACUAUAAACUACCAAUUCCCCCCACAGUUCGCUGGUGUGCAUCUGUCUGUGUUGAUACCAUCAGCAACUGAGGAUGCAAUCAACCUUAUCACAUCUCUCUGUUCAUGGGAUCCUUGCAAAAGGCCAACUGCUGCCGAGGCCCUUCAGCAUCCGUUCUUUCAGAGUUGUUUUUAUGUUCCACCCUCUCUUCGUCCAGGAGCAGCUGUUUGUAGAACCCCUCCUUCUGUUGGGGUAAGAGGAACAUUGGAACAGCAAUCAGCUAGGAGGUAUUCUGGGGUUCUACCUAAUGCAAAGCUGACUGGCAAUCUUUCUGCUCUGAAAUCAAAUGCAUCUUUGGGCACAGGUGUGCAACGCAAGUUGGAGAUGGUUAAGCAGGAUCUAAAUAAGAAUAAUAAAUCCUUGAAAAACUCUGCCAAACAACCAAGGUAUCGGCCACCAGGAAGAAAGAGUCCAACAUCAAUCAACAAGGAUAGAAAUGGUCGUGGUGCUUCGGACGUAGCGGAGAAGUUGGCAAACGUGACAAUUGGAAAUCGCAGGCAGUAUGUUGGGCAGUUAAGGCCGCCACCAAUGAAGGCUGGGGUACAAUGGACUGCGGAAUCUAAUGACAUGUUUCUUAGACCAACCCAACAGAUACAGUCUGGUAGAAGUUUUACCAGAAAAGUAGCGGGAUGAUAUGGCCCAUCCUGAUGGUUUUUUAAUAAUAUAAUUAAUGCAUUCCCAUUGUAUAUGGAAUCAAGGAGUCCAAAAAUCAAAAUGAGUGCUUUGGUAUGUCUGUCCUGUUUGAGUGUUUCCUAGCAAUAACCAUAAUAUAAUACUUUGUUUUCUGUUAACAACUAAAA